UGUUAAUUUGCCUAACUGCAUCUUGCGUGCUUUCCUUUGAGGAUAGAUCAAUUGCAGCGUUGGCUUCGAGGAUCGUUCUGUGCUCCUGAUGCCGGGAGGAAGAGGUAGCAUGCGACAAGCAUGAACAGAGCAACCGGGGUGCUUUACUCAUACAAUUUCUCCAAGUUCCAGUAGGAGUCAUGGAGGAAGAGAAUGCUGCACCUACGAAUAGCAUCACAGUAGACCUGAAAGUAUACAUGCACUGCGACGCCUGCGAAAGAUCAGUACGCCGUACCAUCAAGAAAAUCGACGGCGUCGAGACAGUGGAGGUGGAUAGGGAGGAGAACAAGGUCAAGGUGACGGGGGAUUUCGACUCGGAGAAGGUGCUGAAGAAGAUCAAGAAGAAGACCGGGAAGAAGGCGGAGAUAUUGAUCCCUGAGGAAAUCGAGGAAGAAGAGCAAGAACCGGAUGUUGUUUGUGUUCCUUACGGUGGUCCGGUGACGGACAUGGAUGAUGUUCUCGGUAACGAGUUCUUUUGGCCUGCACGAUGGGACCUCUAUUAUUUCGAUGAUGAGAACACAGAAGCGUGUAGGAUAAUGUAACAUAUAGUACUAUGCAGCGAGUUGAUUUUAUGCUGUAAAGUUGUAACUAUUUAUGUACUAAUAGUUUGAAUCUAUGACAAUCUGACAGAAGGCCUAUUAGCUCAGC